AUGUGUGGUGGAGAGGCAAAAGAAGUUGUGCUUGACUCGGCCACCGGGGACUUCUAUGUGUUUAAUUUCAAGACGGACCGGUGGGUAGCGGAAGGAAACGUGGGGAUCCAGAAGAGCUGCGGUGGAAUGGGAGGGGUUGCUGCCGCGAUUCUGGCCGAUGCGGCCGGUGGCCAGGGUCACGGUUGUGAGCAAAAGUUUCCUGUCAACGAGCUGCUCGGGGUGAGACGCAGCGUCCAGAGCGCAGCGGACAUCAGCUCGAAGACGCUGCAACGCCCGAAGACCCCCAGGAGAGUACACGUUACAGGUGUUGCUGACGUUCUCGGCCAGACUCACCGACAAAUGGGCCACAGAUCUCAGCACAGCCAGCGCUCUUGGCGACGAAAGGGACGCAAAUGUACCUCUUCUGGUCUUGUUCUUGUAGGUGGGGAAGAGAUACCUGACACGUUUUGCACUGGGCUGACCACACACCCGAUACGUGGCUGGUGCCGCGCCGGUCUUGCUACAACCCUCGACAGGUUUCAGAGCGAGGUGCUCGUCCGAGUGCGUCCGAAGAGCGUCCAACAUCGCUUCUUGAAGCACGUGCACUGCGGCGAGUUUAUCGCGUGGAGCCCGGGGAAGUGGAGCAUCGGCGAAGCAACCGCCGCGCGCUGCAGACAGACGUUCACCGUGCUGGCAGCGUCGAACAGGGCAGGGCCAGAGGUGGUAGAGGUCGGCAACUGCUUGGCCACCAGAUUCAACGUUCGGCACGGGUACCAGCACUCCACUGGUCUACUGCAGGCGUUCGUGGAGGACAAGCACAUCCUUAUCAGGGACGAAAACCGGAUAGAUCGAGGGAGCGAGUUCGUGAUGAACGGGAUGCACACAGCCGACGACUUCGACGGUAUGUCCGUCAGGAGUUCUCACAAGCAAGCGGCGGCGGCGGCAGAAGCUGCCGCCGGGUAUGCAUCAGAGAGAAGAUCAUCAAGGCGGCGUCUGCCCCAGGGUAAUAACAGAGAGGCGACGACCACUCCUUGCAAGAGGGCCGUUCCGUUUCCCCGUCGACCACAGCCGGCGGAGAAGCCGCGCUUUGCCCCACCGCAAUCCACCAGAGCGAUUCGAGUUUCUUCUGCCACCUCGGAAAGGCUCGGGAGGACGAAGGAUAAUGACCCAUCGGUGUUGGUCGGCAACGCCACUUGUAUCGGCGGGGAGGCUACGGGUGGGGGAUGCGGUGGUGGUGAUAGUCACUGCGGAGCCCGGACAACAGGAUUGGCAACCACUGGCGAGUCUACGCUCCCUCGAGGAACGGAAGACAAUGUAGACCGCCGUCAUGAUGAGCAAGGGAAAAUAAGGAGGCAGCAAGAACAGUAUCAUCCACAACAUGAUACAAGCGGGGGCGGUGCCGAAAAUGGUACGACCAGAACCAGAGACGAUGAUACGCUGUCCCGGGUGAGGUCGCCUGAGAACACCUCAGAACCCGCUUCGUGCAUUAGGUCAAGAAAGGCUCGCUCCGUCGCGGGCGGUGGGGGGGAGAGACGCCGGGAUGUGGCGGUGGGAUCGGUGGUCAGGGUCCCCGGGCAAGAGCGCAGAAGGCCUUACAAUAACUUCCAUCGCUUCAGGAAGAUGGAGCGAGAAACGCGGAACGUGUUCUUCUCGCUGGGGUGCGGCAGCGGAAGCGGAAAAGGCUGCGAAGGGGUAGCUGGUGAAAACAAGGCUCGUGAUACAUCGCGAGGCGCCGGGGCUGACGGCAACGCUAUCAAUGUCAAGCGAUUUUCGGCCAAAUUCGGGAGAAAGGAAGCGUGGACCCCGAUGCCUGAACCGGAGAUCAGAACGCAAGGCCCCUACUUGGGUAAGAACGGGUGUGCGUCGUCUACAAAGACCACAAGCUUGAACCCACGACACUUGUUGACGAACCCCAAGCGCUGGAAGUUUUCCGGGUCGAAGGUAGGCAACGUGGUACUGCAGCAGGCGAUAAAGCUGUAG